AUGGACAUCUUUGAGACCACAUCUACUGUGUUCUAUGAAGUAUAUAACAUCACUGCCUUUAUUCGCCAAGUGGUGAGUGAUACCAAGUCACAGGUCACCCAGAAGCAAGCGGUACAGCACAAAUUAGACCGCGAACUCCUAUUCCUAAAAUCAUUCCAGCAAUUAUUAAUCAAUGGGAAUGACGUUCUUGUUCGACCUGAGCGGCUACCGGAGAACCUCAAGCAUGAUGUUCUUACAAUCCUAUCCGCCUUUAGAGAAGGGCUGGCGGAGUACGGUGUGCUGGCUGCCAACUACAACCUAGUAGACAUAGACGAAAAGACAAUUUCUGGUCAAAUCUAA